AUGGUGUGUAUCCCGUGCAUCGUCAUUCCAGUUCUGCUCUGGGUCUACAAAAAAUUCCUGGAGCCAUACUUAUACCCUCUGGUAGCCCCUUUUGUUAGUCGCAUAUGGCCUCAAAAAAGUCUACAGCAACCCGGUGAACAAACUAAAGCCAAAGGAGACUGUAAGGGUGCAGACGUAAAUGGAUUACCAACUAAAGGAUCAACGGAAAUCUCAGAUAAAAAGAAAGACUGA